AUGGAACUUGAUCAUGUCACCCUACUACGGCUGGGAACUUUUGAGAGGAGGCAUGACGGCACAAAAUACGGUGAAGAAUACGACUCUAUUCAAAGGCGAUGGCAUGCUCGGGCGCACACUCAUGCUCACACCACUUUCUUUCUUGACAAAUGGAAACUGCCAUUCAGCAACAAGCGCAAGCGCCAGGCGCGCAGCACAGGGUGUAGUGCCCCAUUGGCAUGUUGUUCGUGUUACACAAGAAAGGGUGAUCAAUGCAACCCAACUCCCUCGGUUGAGUUCGCCGAGACCGGGCGUAACACUGGAGAAGGGGACAAAAAAAGACUGAAAGAUCCAGUUCACAAAAAAGAGAGAGGAAAUGGGAUGGCGUUACAAUCCACGUCGGCCGGAAAGCAACCCAAAAGAUGCCCGCCUCUGGAAAACCCAGUGGCUCGGAUACGCCUUGUCCUGUUGGACCGUUAG